AUGUUCAAUGUAUUGUUAACAGACUGAGAGUCCAACAGUUCAUCCAUCACCCCACAUUGCAAAAUAUUGAUCUCAAGAAAAUGAAAACCAAGUAUCUCAUCCUUUGUCUUGUGUUAACUCUGCUCUUAACUCUAGCAUCAUCAAAACAGAUUCCAGCUCUGUAUGUUUUUGGUGAUUCCCUGGUUGACAGUGGUAACAGCAACAAUGCCAAAUCUCUUCCUUAUGGUCUAGACUUUGAUGGCGGCAAACCUACCGGUCGAUGCACUAAUGGAAAAACUGUGGUUGAUUACAUUGCUAUACAUCUAAGGCUACCCUUUGCCCCUCCCUACUUGGGGCUUUCAGAGGAUCAAAGGAACAAAAUCACCACAGGCAUUAACUAUGCAUGUGCUGGAUCUGGCAUUCUUCCAGACACCAACAUUAUGACUAGUGUGUCACUUGACAAGCAAAUAGGAUUUUUCCAGAGUACUGUUGAGAAUGAUUUGCCUAAUGUGUUGAAUGAGCAAGCAAAACUGGAGAGCCAUCUAUCUGAAUCCUUGUUCGUUGUCUCUACGGCAUUGAAUGACCACUUCCAUAACAAAACCUUCCGCGGCUCGAGCGAUUUUGCUUUGUACCUGCAAAAUGAAUUCUCUAAGCGCUUGCAGAGACUUUAUAAAUUAGGAGCAAGAAAGUUUUUGGUGAAUAAUGCUCCACCAGCAGGGUGCUUUCCAUCAAGUGCUGCCCAGUCAACACCAAAAGGAAAAUGUAAUGAGGAGAUAAACAGAGGGAUUUCCUUUUACAAUAAGGGGUUGCCUGAUAUGCUCCAUGAGCUGCAGUCCCAGCUUCCUGGCUUUACCUAUAUUUUUUCAGAUCUCUACAACUUCCUUAUGGAGAUGAGGGAAAAUGGAAACAGAUAUGGGAUAGUGGAAACAUGGAAAUCUUGCUGCCCAAAUACCAUUGAUGGUGAUGAUAUGGAUUGCCACGCCAAUGAUGAGCCUUGUCCGGAUAGAAACACACAUCUUUUCUUUGAUAGUCAUCCGUCUCAGAUCACAAACAAAAUAUAUGCAGCACGUUGUUUCAAUGAGACAACAAUUUGCAGGCCCUAUGGCCUCAAUCUGUAAUUCUAGCAUGUUGGCAUAUGCAUAGUUCAUAGUUGUGCGCUUUAUCAUAUGUAAUAAACUAGAUUAAAAUGCCAGCAUGAAAUUUGAUAUUAUUUACCCUAGAAAUGAAAAUGUAUGAACUUAAAUAUGUUUUCAAUGUUGUUAAAAAUAAUUAAGCAAAACUUUAUGAUGGUUUGAAAA